AACAGACGUGGAAAGUAAAUUAAGGUACUCUUGUCUCUAUCAGGGUCUUAGUUCAGCUUUUAAAGUUUUCCAGUAUAAAGCUGUACUCAACACAAAAUAAAAUUCAAAAUGUCUGAAAUCCAAGUUAUCUUACAAUCUAAUGGCGCCUUCAAGUCCGAUUUGAUGGAAGAGUUCCUUUGUAACAAAAUGAACGAGUCGACAAUGAUGUCGAGCGUUGAUAGUCAAGGGAAUCUCAUGGCAUCACCCUCGACCUUUGCACCAGCAACAGGAUCCCACAUUGCUGACAAUCAACGAAUGAUCGACAACCAGACGCGUCAGCUCGUCGACAACGGCCAAUACGACAAUCAGUCCAACGUCACUACGACUACAACGUCCGACAACAAAAACAGAAACGGUAACGGCAAUCAACAGGCUGCCUGCGUCCAAGAUCCUAAUGCUAAUACAGAUGCGGAUCCAGAACUUCUAGAAGUCCAGAAACCAGUUUCUGCAGUCAGAGCUAAACUGAUCACUGAAGCUUCCGAAGCUAUAGUUGCAGCACAUAUGGGUACCACCAUCAACACGUAUGAGAAUAUCGCAGAGGCCGAGAAGAAGAUUGAUGAAAACAUGGCCUCUGGAAAUAUGCCUGAUAUGUCGAAAAUGGCACAAAAUUCAGGAGCAGUUUGGCAGAAAUUUGUUGCUCAAAUGGUUCCUGAAAUUACCAAAGCUGUCAAAUUCAUUAACAGACUUCCAGGGUUCCAAGCCAUCCCUAAAGAAGAUCAAAUGAAUUUGAUUAAACAAGGAUCGUUUGAAGUUCUGUUAACUAGAUUCUGUAUGCUGAUCAAUGUGGAAACGGGUGACAUGAUAGAUCCCUCACUUAAAGUCAAAUUUCCAAGAAAAGCAUUAUCCUCGAUGCCAAUGGGACAAUUAUUGUUAGAGUUUUACAAGGUUGCUGAAAAAUUCAACCCCUUAAAUCUGACUGACGGUGAAAAUGGUCUCUUCUCCUCUAUUCUAGUCAUGUGUCCAGAACGUGAAGGUCUUCAGAAGAAAUCAGAUGUAGAAAAAAUUCAAAAUUUAUUCAAACAAACUUUAUAUUUAAAAUUAAAAGAAAAUCAUUCUGAUGCUGAUUCUAUCUUCACUAAAUUAAUGUCCACAAUCCCGGUGUUCGCCGAAAUCAAUGCCAAGCACACAGCCGCUUUAGCCAAAAUGAAACAAGCUGCCCCAUCCGAGUUCGACCAAACAUUCCAGCCCUUACACAAGGAAAUGUUCAACAAUAACUGAACUGGUGCAGGAAUCUCAUUGGGUUCGAAUCUCUUGAAUAUCAGCCAAUGAAAAGACAUUAUAGUGUUGAUAUAGUUCAGGGUCAAGAAUUCAAAUUCAAAUCUGGAAUUUGAUUGGUCGAAAGAAAUUGAUUGAUUUCAUUGGUCGAUUGCAAUCAAUUCAUUCAUUGGAUGGGUUGAAAUUCCUUAAACCUGGAGGCCAAUGAUUGGCUGGAAGAGAAAAAGCUGAACCAAUCAAAAUACGACUUCAAAAGAUUUGAAUUUAAAUUUUAGAAUCCUUAAGUUAUUUAUUAAAAAAUUUGGACCAUAACACAACAUAAGUGCAAUCUUAAUUUCAUUAUCAUUUUUAGGCGUUAUCACUCAUUUAAACUUAUCAUCUUUUACAAAUAGUCUCAAAAAUAUGAAAAAAUAUGAAAAAAUAUGAAAAAAAAAAACCACUCAAAAGUACUUGAAUAAGUCAAAACGAAUUUGUUAAACUUUUUGUAGUUUCAUACAUAAUUGUUAGAUGUCAAAAUUGGUGUUCGAAUUUUUUUAUACUCAAAUAUAUAACGUGUUUGGUUUGAAUUUGAAUUUAAAUGGAUGUGCUCCUUUAAUUAUGUAUUUCGAAAAUGUCCAUUGCAAACAGCAAUGGUAUUGAAAUAAUGUAAUUAAAGGUCCUCUUCCGUUUUUAUUAUUAAAGUUUAAAUAUUGUGAAUUUGAAACUGUAAAAUUUGUGAUAUUGUGAAGACAUAUAUACAAUUGUUGUUAUUUUGAGAAUUUUGUUCUUUGAAUAUUGGCCAGCUCGAACAAAUUAACACAACCACGACCUUAAAAUGGCGAAAUUAUGUUUUUUUUUUUAAAAAAAUCAUUAAUUUUGUUGGAUAUAUAUCAUGUGAUCAUUGUAUAUAGAAAUAAGUUAUAAAGUUAAAGCCCACUUGUUCAUUAUAACCUCAUCUUUAUUAUGGUCUUGUUGUCAGAAACAUCAUAACUUAACACCAUUUCAAAUAAUUUUUGACACAUUUCAUUGGCUCAAAUAUUAUUUGAAAAAAAAGUCAUAUAAUGUGAUUGGCUGGAAUAUUAUUUGAAAAAAUUCACGUAAUCUGAUUCGCUGAUCUAUUGCUAGUCGAUAUUUGAAAAUGUUUCAUGUAACCUUAUUGACUGAAAUUUAAUUUGAAAAAAAAUCUGAGGCGAUAUUUCUCCAAAUGGGCACUUAUCUGAUGACGAUAUAUGAGAAAAUUCGAUUGGAUGAAUACUUUUGUAUUGACCAAUCAGAUGCCUUAAAAUUACCCAGUUACAAUAAUUUAAUUUAUGGUGUUUCUGACGUACAAGUUUAGAAAUUUGAAACCGGUUACUUUACACUAUUCUCUAGUAUUUAGGGUCCAAUUCGUCAAGCAAUCGCACAAAAUAUACCUUUCUUUUUUCAGCUUCAGGAAAAAAUUGUUAAUAAUUGUACAUUUUUUGACUAACUUAUCCAAAUUUAAAUUCCUUCCCCAUGUUCAUUUUAGAAUCUCAAUUGUUUAGAAAAAAAAUAAUGUAAAGCUUAGGUUUAUAAAAUAUUGGUUCAAAUUUACAACAUAAUUUGGUUUUUAUAUACCGUGGCGUGAUGUUUUUGACUGUUAUUAGUUUGGCAAAUAUUGUAACGUGAUGUUGCAUGUGACGCCGUGAUUGUGACAACGUGACGCCGUGAUUGUGACAAUGUGACGCCGUGAUUGUGACAAUGUGACGUCGUGAUUGUGACAAUGUGACGUCGUGAUUGUGACAAUGUGACGUCGUGAUUGUGACAACGUGACGACGUGACGGAUAGUGUGACGAUAUUGUCAGUAGUUUUUAUCUGGUUUAUUAUUGUCUAUUUUUAUAUAAUCUGUUACAAAUAAAUGUUUAGAAAAUUUC